GGGAUGAUGUUGUCGACUUUGCUUUUUCGAGUCCUACUUCUGGCUAUCAGUCAGCUGCAGGUGUAGCUUUUGAACACGUUGCGCAUGAGGUGCUGAAGGGAGGAGGAAUGUACCAUCUGCAAAGGCUGGAUGAGGAUACGGGCGAUGGAAACGGGUCAGAAAAGCUGAAGUUGAAGGAAUCGCAACCGUACAUUGAAUUUGCGUCAUCAAUCGGAGACUUGGAGGAGUGGGUGAUCAUGCCGGAUGCAUACUGUAAGCCAAAGGCAUCGAACUUUCCUUGCAUGGAUGCGAUGUUAUUGUCUGCUAGCGGGGUUCUCUACAUGUUCCAGAUGACACGGGCGGGGAAACAUCCUAUCAAAGUGGACUCAUUACUCAACAUCUUGAACGCUCUGCGAGCCAAGAACAAGUUUGAGAGGCAAUUAUUUGUGUUCGUUGUACCUUCAGGGCAUGAGGAAAUGCCCUGCUGGGGACGAGAUCAAGGCUUCACAUCUCAGGGAGUGAAGGCAAGCCAGGAGCAGGAGAGUCAAAUCAGGGGAGUCACUCAGUAUAUCAUGAUGCUUUCGAAGGAGGAUGCGAUGCGGAGGCCAAAGGGAUGGAUGACUGUCACUCCGCCACGUACGUAGUCGAUCGCAAGAGCAGCGCCAAGGGAGUAGUUGGAACCUGGGAGGACGCGACAGAAGAAGAGAAGUUUUUGCACGUAGAGAGUCGCCUUGCAAGGUUGUGCUUCCAAGACUUUAGAAUCGUCAGGAUUCCUGUAGGCGAUCAUUUCGAAAUAUACAAAGUUGCCAGCCUGAGCCCAGCAAUCUUUGCGUUUGAGAUGAGGACCUUCGUCGCGAUGCUGUUUAGGCUUGCUAGAAUAGAUAAACGACACACGUGGCC